CAGGGCCACGUCAAAGCGAAGUGUUUUGUCUUUUUGUCUCUUCCCGGCCCCUGUAGUCGGUGUCGGUUUGUUUUGGCUGUCUCUGGUUUUCUGCUGUCAGGUCGAGAACCUGCUUUAAGUUGCGGCAUCAUGUCUGACAAAAGUGAGCUGAAAGCCGAGCUUGAAAGGAAGAAGCAGCGCUUGGCACAAAUCAGAGAGGAGAAGAAGAGGAAGGAGGAGGAGCGCAAGAAGAAAGAGGCGGAUCAAUUGAAAGAUGCUGCACUUCACCAGGAUGACUCUGACCUUGAGAAAAAAAGACGUGAGACCGAGGCUCUCCUGCAGAGUAUGGGUAUAACCUCAGAGGCUCCUGUUGUCCCUCCUCCCAUGUCUCCAACUACAAAAUCGGGGGGCACGCCAAGUGAUGCAGGGAGCCAAGACUCUGAUGGAGCUGUGGGACCCAGGACUCUGCACUGGGACUCUGACCCGUCCACUCUUCAACUUCACUCUGAUUCUGAGCUGGGGCGUGUGGCUGCAAAACUGGGAAUGGCCAAAAUCACACAAGUGGACUUUCCUCCACGUGAAACUGUGUCCUACACGAAAGAGACACAGACGCCUGCCAUGACCCAGCAAAAAGAAGAGGAAGAAGAGGAGGAAGAAAUCGCUCCACCUCAACCAGCAGACGAGACUCAGGUUGAGAAACCGGACCAGAAAGAGGAGGAAGAAGCACCCCCCCAUGAGCUGACAGAGGAGGAAAAACUCCAGAUCCUGCACUCCGACGAGUUUGCGAAUUUCUUCGACCACAGCACUCGCAUCAUUGAGCGGGCUCUAUCAGAGCACGUGGACCUUUUCUUUGACUACAGUGGUCGUGACCUGGAGGAGAAAGAGGGUGAAAUCCAGGCCGGUGCAAAACUCUCUCUCAACAGGCAGUUCAUGGACGAGCGUUGGUCCAAGCAUCGUGUCGUCACCUGCCUGGACUGGUCCCCCCAGUAUCCUGAACUCUUGGUUGCCUCAUACAACAACAACGAGGAUGCUCCCCAUGAGCCAGAUGGCGUCGCCUUAGUGUGGAACAUGAAGUACAAGAAAGCUACACCGGAGUACGUCUUCCACUGUCAGUCUGCUGUUAUGUCUGCUGCGUUUGCCAAGUUCCACCCCAACGUCGUGGUGGGGGGCACAUACUCGGGGCAGAUUGUACUGUGGGACAACAGGAGCAACAAGAGGACCCCGGUGCAGAGGACUCCCCUGUCAGCAGCAGCACACACGCACCCAGUUUACUGCGUGAACAUUGUUGGCACCCAGAACGCCAACAACCUGAUUAGCAUCUCCACUGAUGGCAAGAUGUGCUCCUGGAGUCUGGACAUGCUCUCUCAGCCACAGGACAGCAUGGAGCUGGUGUUCAAGCAGUCCAAAGCCGUAGCUGUCACCUCCAUGUCUUUCCCUCUCGGAGAUGUCAACAAUUUCGUGGUGGGCAGCGAGGACGGCUCCGUCUACAUGUCAUGUCGUCAUGGAAGCAAAGCGGGCAUCAGUGAGAUGUUUGAGGGUCACCACGGGCCCAUCACGGGGAUCAACUGUCACACAGCUCCAGGGCCGCUGGACUUCUCCCACCUGUUCGUUACCUCCUCCUUCGACUGGACUGUCAAACUGUGGAGCACCAAGAACAACAAGCCGCUCUACUCAUUUGAAGACAACUCCGAUUACGUGUACGACGUCAUGUGGUCCCCAACUCACCCUGCUCUGUUUGCUUGUGUGGACGGAGUGGGUCAUCUCGACCUGUGGAACCUGAACAACGACACCGAGGUUCCUACCGCCAGCAUCACGGUUGACGGUAACCCGGCCCUCAACAGGGUCAGAUGGGCUCCUUCCGGCAGAGAAAUCGCCGUGGGAGACUCGGAUGGACGAGUUUGUGUGUAUGAAGUUGGAGAGCAAAUUGCCGUUCCGAAAAACGACGAGUGGACCCGAUUCGUUCGCACACUGGCGGAAAUCAACGAGAACAGAGACGAUGCAGAGGAGCUGGCAGCUCAGCGCCUGGCUGCCUGAUGUACUCGUCAUGGAUGGGAUAUAUAUUUAAGGGACCAGUGGCGCGUUUGUUAAUACCAGCUCUUGUUUUUUUUUGUUUUUUUUGUUGAAGGAAAAGAUGUGUUGACAUCAUGACUGGAGGAAAAGAUGAAAGAAGUUCUGCACAUCUUUUGAUUCGUUACACCUUCUUAUUCGGACAACUCUGCCUUCUCAGUUAGCUGGACUGUCACCAGUCUUCCUUGGAAAUAACACAACAAGCGACAGGGCUAGCAACCUCAGACACUAACACGAAGCCAUAUUCACAGCCAACACAAACCAGUCGACCUUUCUUCAGCCGGAUGCCUUAAACUUUAAUUUUAAACUUGAUUGUAAAAAUCCUGUCUUUAUUUUACGGCAUGUCAACACGAGCCUUAAUUUUGUUUUUCCAAUAAGUGCGCCACUCCACACGUUAUCACAAAAAACUCAUGGCUGAGCUCCAUUUCCACCAAAGUUGUAGAAAAGCAAUCACAUCUUUAAACGCCCAGGAAUGUAAACUUCUUAUAACUGUCAUCUCUGUUCCUUUUUAGAUCUAACAACCCAAAUAUUCACUCGUUUGUAAAAUAAUGAAAUGUCCAAAAUCCAGAUGUCUUUCUACUUCUAUAUUCUAUACUGCAUCCGUUUUCACUUAAUCAGAGCAGCUGGUAAGACGUGUGAUAGUUGGAAUAUCCUCAAUGCCUAAGAAGACGAUCAUAUAUGCUGUAACUGCUCAGUGAUUUAUUUUAUUUUUUUCCUCAGAGAUCUGUAAUGUAUGUCGACGGAGACGACGAAUCUCAAAUCCUGGUGUCAAAACUGAGAAUGUACUUUUCACACGGUAGAAACAGUUUGAAUGAUUUAUUUCAAUAAAAUACAAUAAAUACAUUUAAAUUA